GGUGCAAUGUCGUCUCAGCUCCUGCUCACCGAUCCCUCGUCGCCAUAAAAGGGGCCAAUGCACACGCCGGAAUCAUCAGUAAUUUGUCUCUCACCAAUGGCAUCACCACCGCAUCCUCCGCCGCCUGUACCGCCACCGUUGUCUGAUUGAAAAACAAAAACGAAAUAUGGCUCAAUCUUUCAAACUCAAAGUUAACACUCUCCUCACCAAGCUCGGUGACCGUGACACGUUCUCCAUCGCCGCGGCGGAGCUGGAAUCCAUUUCCCGGACUCUUGACGCCUCCUCGCUUCCGACUUUUCUCUCUUGCAUUCUCUCCACCCACUCCUCGGAUAAAGCCGGCUUCCGCAAGCAAUGCUUGAAGCUCAUCUCUCUCCUGGCUUGUUCUUAUUCUCAGUCGCUUUCGCCUUUCGUCCCCAAAAUUCUCUCCCACUUGCUCCGCCGUCUGCGGGAUCCUGACUCCGCUGUCCGCUCGGCUUGCGUUGAUGCCGUUUCUGCACUCUCUUCUAAUGUCACUAAAUGCGGUUUCUCUUCUUUCCUGAAGCCUUUGUGUGAUGCGGUGUUUACGGAGCAGGACCAGAAUGCGCAGAUCGGGGCGGCGUUGUGUUUGGCUGCCGCGAUCGAUGGGACGCCUGAUCCUGAUCCGGGGAGGUUGGGGAAGAUCGUGCCGAGGUUGGAGAAGCUGGUGAAGUGCGAUGCCUUCAGGGCGAAGGCUGCGGGUCUGACGGUGAUCGGUAGCGUGAUCGGCUCAGGUGGGGUUUCAGGUUUGGCUCCGGAGACCAUUAAGGGGUUGGUGAAUUGUCUGGUGAAGUUUUUGACCAGUGAGGAUUGGGCAGCGAGGAAGGCAGCGUCGGAGGCGCUGUGGAGGCUGGCGGUGGUGGAGAAGGAUUCAAUGGCAGAGUUUAAGAGUGGAUGCUUAAGGGUCUUUGAAGCGAGGAAAUUUGAUAAGGUGAAGGCUGUUAGGGAGGUGAUGAACCAAAUGCUGGAAGCAUGGAAGCAGGUCCCUGAUGUUUCUGAGGAAUCGUCACCACCACCCAGCUCUCAGGUUUCCUCCAAAGGAGAUGUAAGUGAUGGACGCUAUCCACCUGGCUCUAAGGUUUCUUCCACACCUGGUCCUGGGGUAACUCAAAUCAGGAAGAAACCUGCUUUGGCUACCCUGUCUACUCCCCCUGGUAGUUCCUUUGCCACAACUGCUAGGAAGAGAAGUCCUUUAAAAAGUAGUGACAAGAAAACUAGUCCUGCAACAUUUCUGAAUGUAAACCGGAAGAAAGAUUGGAAAGUUGAGAUUGCUGUUCCUAAUGCUCCCACUUUGACAAGGUCUCGUGAUGAUGAUAUUAAGGAGAGAAGUGGUAAUCCCAGGGAAAGGAGAAAUGAUGAGAAUGGAGGAUUGUCUAGGCCAGAAAUAAAGCGAGCACUUUUCCCUAAGAAUUCUGAUGACAAGAUGAAUAAAUUUGGGAGAUUGAAGUCUGGAUCACGUGUCACUCCUUGUCCUGAGGAAACUCAUGAACCUACUGCUGUAGCUAAUUCGAAUGAGAAUCAUAAUGGAAACCACAAAGAAUGUGAAGAUUUAUCUUUGAUCCGCAGCCAGCUUGUUCAGAUAGAAAAGCAGCAGUCCAGCUUGCUAGAUCUCCUGCAGAGAUUCAUUGGAAGCUCACAGAGUGGAAUGCGUUCCCUCGAGACACGUGUGCAUGGCCUAGAGCUAGCUUUGGAUGAGAUCUCAUAUGACUUGGCUGUGUCAAGUGGGAGGAUGUCUAAUUCUCACAGGAGUACAUGUUGCCUGCUACCUGGUGCUGAAUUUUGGAGCUCCAAAUUCUGGAGGAAACCUGAUGCAAGGUUUUCUGCUUCCAAUGGUACCCCUAUAGCGGCUGCAGUGCGUUAUAGAGCUGAUCGGAACUGCCAUGCAGAAAAUCUUCAGCUGGAGAACCAAAGGUUACAGCAUCAAGGUCAUGGGGCGUUCAUUGUGAAUCCAUUGGCAGAAAUUCAUAGUGAUUCAAGGGGUGAUCUUUGAGACUGCCAUGGUGCUUCAGUGACUGUUAGAAGCAAAAGAUCCAAACUGUACUUGAGAUGGAAAACUGAGCUCUAUAAAUCAGAUGAUUAGAAGACAAUGAAGAAAAUAGAGCCUUUGCCUUACAGCCUCUCGUGAAGUGCCAAUUUCUAAUUGAGUGGACUUCUUUAUACGGUUUGUAUUACAUUGUCCUAUGAGAAUAGCCUAAAUGUCUAUCUUACGCACUGCAGAGAAUUGAAUUGAGAGACCAAACAAAGAAGAUAUAAUAGGAUGAUUAAUUAGUUCAUGUUUCUCAUGUUAAGAAGUUUCAAGUAAAACUAGGGCUGGGUGGAAAAGAGUGUGGCUGUCCCCUGCUUUUAUAGAGAAUUGGAGCGUGAUACAUGUACAGAAUCUACAGAUUCCUGAUGUUUUGAAACACCUUUCCAUUUUCCACUUGGUUUAUAGUCUGGAAAAUGAUUCACCUACAAUGUUUAAGUACAAUGCUUACUUAUAAUAUGACAUGCCUAUGAUAAGCACAAAGCUUGGUCUACCCUCCUCUGACAGAGUUACAUGUUUUUCCGUUUUUUUUCUUUUCUACGUCCGGCAAACUACCCAAAUGGCCGAACCAAAAACCCAGAGACUAGAACCUCUUAUAAUGAAAAGUUCUCUACCUCUAUCCUUUGUUUCCAAUUUCCUAAUCUAUCCCCUUUCUUGUAUUGCAAGAGCAACUGCUUAAAAUUAAUAUAGCAAGAAAUUUUUU